AUACCGCAAAAUCUUUGCUAUUAAUUUAAUCGACACUGCAUCGUUUGCAUGAUUGUAUUGUCAUUUGUUUUUUUUUUGUUUUUUUCACCUGGUAUUCAUACUUACUCACACAGUACUGGCAUGUGGUCUUGCAUAACUGACUUCUUCACCUAUGAAACCACUAAGUCAGUGGUUGUCAAGAGCUGGACGAUCGGCAUCAUCAACCGAGCUGUCCAACUCCUCAUCUUUACUUACUUCAUUGGGUGGGUGUUUGUCUAUGAAAAGGCUUAUCAAGUGAGGGACACGGCCAUUGAAUCUUCUGUGAUGACAAAGGUGAAAGGUUUUGGAGUCUACAAUGACAAAGUCAUGGAUGUCGCAGAUUAUGUCACGCCAACACAGGGAGCUUCUGUCUUCUGCAUCAUAACGAAACUGAUAACAACAGAAAACCAAGUUCAAGGAUACUGUCCAGAGAGUGAGGAUAAAUAUAUUUGUACCCAUGAUAGCAACUGCACACGGCUUGUUAACAAGCCAGGAAGUUAUGGAAUACUCACAGGGAGAUGUGUAGCUUACAAAGCCACUGUCAAGACGUGUGAAAUUAAAGGGUGGUGUCCUGCUGAGAUUGAUACCAUAAAAACCGCACCGAUGAUGGAAGUGGAAAAUUUCACCAUUUUCAUCAAAAACAGUAUUCGAUUUCCAACCUUCAACUACACAAAAGGCAAUUUCCUCCCAACCAUCACUGGCAAGUACAUCAAUAAAUGUAACUUCGACAUGGUUAACAAUACUUACUGCCCUAUCUUCAAAGUGGGAGAUGUAGUCCGCUAUGCACAGCAAAACUUCACCAAGCUUGCAGACAAGGGAGGAGUGAUAGGAAUAAAGAUUGGCUGGAUGUGUGAUUUGGACAAAUCAGAUGACCAGUGCAACCCUUCAUAUUCAUUCACCCGCCUGGAUGCAAUGUCGCAGAAGAAUGCUGUCUCAGUUGGUUACAAUUUCAGGUUUGCCAAAUAUUAUAAGAUGGAAAAUGGGACUGAGUAUCGUACACUGGUGAAAGCCUAUGCUAUCAGGUUUGAUGUACUCGUCAAUGGAAAUGCAGGCAAGUUCAACAUGAUUCCCACACUUAUAAACAUGGUAGCAGCCUUUACUUCAAUCGGAGUGGGUACUGUGCUGUGUGACAUAAUAUUGCUGAACUUUCUGAAGGGAGCAGCACUGUACAAGGCCAAGAAAUUUGAAGAGGUAUCGGACAACUCACUGGAUUCUCUAAACAACAGGCUUUAUCGCAGCCAGCUUUCAUUUCAACAAAAUGAAAGUUUUAUGAAGCCCAGUGACUUCGGAGCUUACUCCAUUGAACAUUACAGCUAACGAUGAGAGUGUCCAAUGAGGGGUUGGUUUUUAAAAAAAUCUAUAAAGAAUGUAUUUGAAAAAUAUCCCAAAAUAUUUGCAUGAUGAAAGUUAGUCUUUUUUUCAGAAAUGGAAAUCAGUAGUGUAAAAUAAUUCUUAUUUUAGUUUUUCAUAAGGGAAUUACAGUAGAACCUUGGUAUGAGAAUUGAAAAACGCUCCCACGGCUGCCUACACCAAAAGAUCGGUGAUUGGUUCAUUUCGCUGUCAAUCAAAAAGGAUUCAGCCUGACAGAUCAUCCAAUCACGUAGAAAAGCUGAGCGUCCGGGCUAGCCGAUACACGCCCACUGUCGUGACGCUAAGCGUCCGAUGGGUGGCAAUAAGGUAAAAUUAAUGUUAUUUUGCAGCUCGAAUGGAUUAAUUGCAUUUCCAUUAAUGUCAAUGGUAAAUCUUACCUCAGUUUGCAAACAUUUCGGUUUCAGAACGUGUUCAAAGAACAAAUGACAUUUGUAAACCGAUGUUCUACUGUACAUAUUUAUCAUAUCCGCUGUAACAUUACUUUCACUUAAUAGAUUUGCUAUGUCAUGCUGAUUAGUGUUAUUCCUACAGUAAAGAACGGAUACAUUUUUACCUUUGUGUCAUCAUAUAUUCAUUAUAUAGGGUCAAUUCAAUAAUCUGAAGACAUUUUUCAUAUGCAUCAGGUCCAGGACAAUGCUUGCCAAACAUUAAGGGAAACCAACAGAAUGCCAAAUGACUUUUUGGAGACAGGGGCAAGUGUUGAUUUCAAUUGUGAUGGACGUCUAUUAUCAUGAACUAUUGUUAAAAAUGACAAAUUUACUUUUUCUAUUGAAAGCAUUUACUGUAUAUUCCGUGUGAAGUAGUUUAUCUUGAAAUACUGUAUAUUGUGUUAGCAGAUCCGAAAUGAAAGUGACAUUUAAAAAGUUGGAUUGCGGACCAAUUUGAAAUUGAAAGGUUUGAUUGCUGGUUACUUGACUUUUAACUUACCAGUACUUUUACUAAUUACUCUAGUAGUAGUGGUGGUAGUAGUCGUUUUUUUCCCUGUGUCAAACUCAUGGCCCAGGGGUCAUAUCCCACUGCUAGAGCAACUCAUCUGCCUUUACUUCAAGUUUAAGGUGAAAAUCUGUCUCAAAAUUGCAAACUGUCUUCACUUUUAAUAAUUUUAUAAUAGUCAUGAUUUUUGUUCAAAGCGCUUCUAAAAAGAAAAUAAACAAUUGUUGAACAUUCAAUUUUUCUGGACUUCUAAUUUCAAACUAUCCAUCAAUUUGUUUGUAUAUCUUGUAAUAGGAUGA